ACUUAUUAAAAUUAUGGACACACCUCUAGUUUUUCGAAAUAACACAACUUAAUAAUUUGCCGCCAAAAUGAGAAACUUACCUUUCGGACACCUGACGACUUUACCAAUCAUAUCUCGAUAGAGCAGAAGAGCCACAUAGAUUGAUAGCCAUGCCACAACGUAAGAUCAUAUGUAAAUAUGGACCAACAAACAGCUACAUUGUUAGUUCACCAAUAGGAGAUGUGGAAAUAGUUAGCUGCCCAAAGGGACUUCACUCAGUUAAACAAGUUGGAGAUACAGAUGAAUAUUUUUCACCAGAUACAAGAGUCAAUGUUGAUGUGAAAUUGCAGUUAUAUAAAGACAAUGGCUAUACUUAUAAACCUGCCUUACAGUGUGUUGAAUGGUUACAGUUCUACUUUAAAUCAUCAGUGGACCAGCUAAAACUACCACUCCUAUGUCAGUCCAUUUUUACUGAAGGUUCUUUUACUAGUACAGCACAGAGAGUUUUGACAGAAAAGGUUUUAUAUGGACAGACUAUAUCAUACAAGAACUUGGCUGCUUUAUGUGGAAAUGAAAAGGCAUGUAGAGCUGUUGGCAUGGCAAUGAGGAAUAAUCCUAUUUCUUUUAUUGUUCCAUGUCAUCGUGUCAUAAACCAUAGUGGAAAACUUGGAAAUUAUAGUGGUGGACAUAAGAAUAAAAUCAAACAAUGGUUACUAACUCAUGAAAAUGCUAUCCCUUGAAUUAAGAAAAUGAAUGAUGCUAAUUUACUGAUACCCCAACAUAUCAUUAUAAGCUAAUGCUUGUAUAAACGGCAGAUUUAUUUGUAAUUAUACAGGGCAGUUAUUAUAAUAUACUAAAAUCCAUUUUGCUUAGUUAUAUAUUUUACAUUAAAAAUUAAUCAACAAAA